AUGGAUUCCCUAAAGAAAAAGGAGAAGAUAAUCCAUACCAUAACCAAUACCAGAAGCAACGAAAGCAUUAUUGAUUUUGGCACUGAACAAAGCUGUAUCAAUCCUAGUUGUUUCUUUUGCACGAUGAAAGAGCCAAACUCAAUGAUCAGGAGAUCAGGACUAGCAAGUUGUUUCAAGGAAAUGCCUUUCAGAUACAACCAAGCACUUGUUCUGAUUCUUAGUGGUCUGUGGAAUAUUGCUAUGACUCAACCAGAUGAUCCAGAGUUCCCUUCCCUCGGUGUUUUCAACUGCAUGGCAAGUUUGAUCCAGAAAAGUAUUGUUAAUAGAAGUUGGCUUCUUAAGGAUGAAAACAUUUACAUCCCUUAUUAUGCAGCUCAUAUUAUUGGCACUUACACCAUGAACAGGGUUGAGUUUGCAGAGAGAGCUGUUCAAUCAGGUGUCAUACCUCCAUUAAUGGAUCUUUUAAGAGGAAAGAUCAGUUGGGUUGAGCAAAGAGUUGCCGUUCGAGCGCUUGGUCACCUUGCAAGCUACGAGAAAACCUUUGAUGCAGUAGCAGUAUAUGAAGAAGAUGUAGUGAAAUUGGCUAUGCAGUUAGCUUCCACUUGCCUUGAAGUGGUGUACACAAAUUUUGUUGGGGUACGGGAUGUAAAGAAGAGGAUGAAGUAUCAUACUGACUUGCUUACAAGAGGUGUUGGAGGGUUAGACAUGGAGAGCAGAAAAGCAGAGGAGUGGGCGAGCCAACUUCAAUGCUGGUCUCUCUAUCUCUUAAAUUGUUUUGCUUGCAAAGAAAGGUCUUUAAAUCUCAUUUGUCGGCAGGACUUUUUAAUAGAUUUGUGUGAAAUGUGGGGUGGAUUGGUGAAUCACACAUCACCUGCUGGGGUUGGACUUAUUAGAAUUCUAUGUUACAGCAAAUUUGGAAGAGAGAGUAUUGCUGAAUCUAAAGAAGUUGUAAAGAGUCUCUGUAAUCUCUUGAGAUCUUCAGAUGAUUGGCAAUACAUUGGUAUUGAUUGUAUUCUAUUACUUCUCAAAGACCAAGAUACCAGGUUAAAGGUUAUAGAAGUUGCCGCCUUGUUUCUUGUAGAUUUGGUUGAACUCAGGAGCCUUGGCAAUCGAUCAAAUGUUGGCCAAGCAAUCACAAGAGCACUUCUUUUUUAUUACAGACAAAGCAAGUUGAAUUUAAAGAACAUCGAAGUUCAAAAAGCUAUGCAAGAAAUAUGGGAUUUGAAGGUAGAGAGGAGAAAACGAGAGAAAAUGAUGCCUGAAGAAAAGGUUGAAGAGAGAAGGGUUUUGGUGGGUUUGAUAAAAAAGCAGGGCAACCACACGUUUUGGUUAGGAAACAUAGAAGAAGCAUUGGUGAAGUAUACUGAAGCAUUAGAUUUAUGUCCAUUGAGGUUAAGAAAAGCGAGAGUGGUACUUCAUAGUGACCGGGCUCAGUGUCACUUGCUCCUUGGGGACCCAGAUGCUGCCAUCAGUGACUUGACCAGAGCUCUGUGCCUGUCCACCCCUGCAAAUUCUCACGGCAAGAGCCUGUGGAGAAGAUCGCAGGCCUUUGAUAUUAAAGGGUUAGCCAAAUACAGCUUGAUGGACUGUAUAAUGUUCCUGAAUGGCUGCAUCAAGACUGAAACUACCAAAGGUGUGAAAAUUCCGUACCAUGCAGCCCGUAUGAUCAGCAAACAGAUGGAAUCCACGUGGCUUUUUGCCAACGUCAGGUCAAAAGCAUUAAGCAAUCGAUUAAGUAAAGUGAAAGAAUUGGAUGGUGACUAUGAGAGCUGCAAUUAUGACAGAGAAAAAUAUGAUGAAAAAAUGAGAACUACGAUAGAGAAAGAGGAUAAUUUUAUCUCCAUAUCAUCAUUGCAAGUUACAAUUACUUUAGCUCGUAACUUUUCAGGGCUGUCCACCAUAAGAGAGGAACCAUUCAUGGGAAACAAAAAGGGGAGGAGAAAGAUGGAAAGGGCAACCAGGCGUAAGAAAGCUGUUGUGGCUCGAUCAAUGCAAGGUAGAUGA